CAACAUAAACAAAUCCACGAGACUGUAAAUUAUUUCUGUAAUUCACUUCUAUUGGUCAGGAAAGAUUGGUAAAAAUGUUACGGAUUGUUCGUUAUCAUCUGAGCCGGUUACAUAAGAACUAUGCCGGUGGUACUCGGUUAAUCGCCAGUAGAGAUUUCUGUGAUGACUCGAAGAACAACGCUGGUGACAAGCCGAAGGAGGAGAAAUCAGACGGAAAAGUGAACGACAAUAAAUCUUCCGAUGCAAAAUCUGCAACUACGCUGAAACGGCUGAACGAAUUACUGGCUUUGAUGAGCCCAACCAACGAGGUGCAAUUAGUGCAAAAGGUGCAGUUAGCGAAACCGGCGAAACAGCGCAGAGAGAAAGCCCAACAACCAAAGCAGGGUUUAGAUUCGGAUUCUGAAUCUGACGAUGAUAAAUCGACCAAUUUAGCCGAAGCAACCCGUGCGGUUGCUAACGCCAUGGGCGGUGACCCGAAGAAGACCGAGGCUGAGCUGCUGGCUAAGCUGCUCGGUAGCUCGUCAGAUGCCGGCAGUAAUUUGGGUGACGUUAUUAGCGGGAUGCAGAUUGAUAAAGGGGACGGUAAAAAGGAUAAAAAGGAUCGCGAUAUACGGUUGACCAGAAGCAAUUUGGUGCGAAAGUCAAUAGAAACGAAAACUAGAAAAGAGUAUUCAAAAGUAUCUCGAGACCGUCAGCGACCAUCGGUAAUGGUACAGCCCACCGGGCCAAGUGUGAAACUAUUUGAGGAAGAACCAUUAAACAUUUUUACCGAUCCAGCAUCUUUGAAAGACAGUCCGGAUAUUUUGGAUACAUGGAAAAGGCUGCAGGAUCGCGAGCUGCGCUUGGCAGUGACACAUCCACCGGCGAACUAUUUCCAGAAAAUGGCCUUGUGGAGUGAGCAGGGAAAGUUGUGGAAAUUCCCUAUCGAUAACGAGCAAGGGCUGGACGAAGAAGCGAAAGUAUCCUUUACAGAUCAUAUAUUCCUGGAGGAGCACCUGGAAUCGUGGUGUCCAACACGAGGACCGGUGAGACAUUUCAUGGAACUGGUGUGUGUGGGCCUUUCGAAGAAUUACUUCAUUACUGCUCAGGAGAAAAAAGAACACAUUCUCUGGUUCCGCGAUUAUUUCGAACAGAAGAAAGAUUUGCUGCAACAAGUUAUCGUAGAGAAAAAGGAGGCAUCGGGCGAAAAACAAAUUGAAACGUAAAUCGGAAGCUAGUAACUGUAGAACAAGAA